AUGGGGCUAUCCGAGAACAAGCAGAAGAUGCUCCGAGGGGAGCUCUACCACGCCUUUGUCCCCGAAUUGGUGGCUGACCGUGCUCGCUGCGGACAGGCGUGCGCCCGAUACAACAAUGCUGGAGACGUCUCAAGACGCCGAUUAACUGAACUGUUCAGGGAUAUUCUGUGCGACAAAAGCGCUCUUCCUUCGCCAGCAGCGAAUCCGGAAGAAGAUGAAAAGCUUUUCGAAGACGACCCAUGGGUUCAGUCCCCAGUCAACAUGGACUACGGUUAUAACGUGAAACUUGGUAAAAACGUCUUUAUCAAUUUCAACGCGACUUUCCUGGACACUUGCGAGAUCAGUGUGGGCAGUCGAACCUUGUGCGGCCCGAAUGUCUCAUUUUACUCGGGCACACAUCCGCUUGAUCCCAUCAUCCGUCAAGGGACGAAAGGGCCGGAGCUAGGGAAAGAAAUCCAUGUUGGGGAGGACUGCUGGAUUGGAGGAAACGUUGUUAUCCUUCCUGGUGUCAACAUUGGCCGAGGGAGCGUCGUAGGUGCUGGCUCGGUUGUCACAAAGAGCGUCCCGGACUUCACUGUUGUAGCAGGAAAUCCAGCCAGAGUCAUCCGCAAGAUCGAGACUGCAAUGGAUCCUGCCAGUGGGAAGGUGUGGAACGGUUGGGAGGAAGAGGCCGUUGGAGGAGCAGAGGUCCCCAUGGCGGAGAUGAGUGGCCGCGAUGAAGCAACUCAAACGUUGCCAGAAGCCAAGUAA